AUGCUUCCGUGGACAGCACAGCGCGGGUCCCAGUCCCACGCAGGGUGGGGUCGGCCGCGGAACCUCCAGCACCCGCGGGACGGACCCCCGGCACCCGGAGGGCGGACCCCGGCACCCUCAGGGACGAACCCCGGCACCCGGAGGGCGGACCCCGGCACCCUCAGGGACGGACCCCGGCACCCGGAGGGCGGACCCCCGGCACCCUCAGGGAUGGACCCCGGCACCCGCAGGGACGGAUCCCCGCACCCGGAGGGCGGACCCCCGGCACCCUCAGGGAUGGACCCCCGGCACCCUCAGGGACGGACCCCCGGCACCCGCAGGGACGGACCCCCGGCACCCUCAGGGACGGACCCCGGCACCCGGAGGGCGGACCCCGGCACCCUCAGGGACGGACCCCCGGCACCCGCAGGGACGGACCCCGGCACCCUCAGGGACGGACCCCGGCACCCUCAGGGACGGACCCCCGGCACCCUCAGGGACGGACCCCGGCACCCGCAGGGACGGACCCCGGCACCCGGAGGGCGGACCCCGGCACCCUCAGGGACGGACCCCGGCACCCUCAGGGACGGACCCCGGCACCCGGAGGGCGGACCCCGGCACCCGGAGGGACGGACCCCCGGCACCCUCAGGGACGGACCCCGGCACCCGGAGGGCGGACCCCGGCACCCUCAGGGACGGACCCCCGGCACCCUCAGGGACGGACCCCCGGCACCCUCAGGGACGGACCCCCGGCACCCGCAGGGACGGACCCCGGCACCCUCAGGGACGGACCCCCGGCACCCGGAGGGCGGACCCCGGCACCCUCAGGGACGGACCCCCGGCACCCUCAGGGACGGACCCCCGGCACCCUCAGGGACGGACCCCCGGCACCCGCAGGGACGGACCCCGGCACCCGGAGGGCGGACCCCGACACCCUCAGGGACGGACCCCGGCACCCUCAGGGACGGACCCCGGCACCCGGAGGGCGGACCCCGGCACCCGGAGGGACGGACCCCCGGCACCCUCAGGGACGGACCCCGGCACCCGGAGGGCGGACCCCGGCACCCGCAGGGACGGACCCCGGCCCCCGGAGGGCGGACCCCGGCACCCGCAGGGAUGGACCCCGGCCCCCGGAGGGCGGACCCCGGCCCCCGGAGGGCGGACCCCCGGCACCCGCAGGGACGGACCCCCGGCACCUGCAGGGACGGACCCCGGCACCCGCAGGGACGGACCCCGGCACCCGGAGGGCGGACCCCGGCACCCGGAGGACGGACCCCCGGCACCUGGAGGGACGGACCCCGGCACCCGGAGGACGGACCCCCGGCCGGCAGCGCAGCGGGUUCUCCCGCGCCCACAGGGCGAAGUCACAGACGGGCUGAGAGAGGAGAGCUCGCCGGGCUGCGCUGA